CAUUAUUAGUUUAUUACCCAUCUCCGAUCUCGAAUCGAUCUCACUUGUUGCAAUUAAAGGAGGCUGCUUUAUUUGUGGGUUUUGGACAUUGAGUUGUUGUCUUUGUGUUGUGUGAUGUCUUACAGCAAUUCAAACCCAGAAAAUUACGGCUCAUCCACCGCCACGAACUCGCCGGAGCUUAAACUAUACCAAGCUUUCAUCUUCUCUGUACCAAUCUGCUUCACAUUCAUCAUCCUCUUCAUGUUCUACCUCAUCUACCUCCGUCGCGGCAGCGCCGAUUUGUCUUCCCUCGGAAUGCGAACUACUUUCCUCGCUGGAAACUCUCUCUCCACGGCUGAAUUAGGGUUGAGCAAAGAGCUGAGAGAGAUGCUUCCCAUCGUCGUCUUUAGAGAAAGCUUCUCUGUAAUGGAUUCACAAUGUUCAGUGUGCCUUGGGGACUAUCAAGCAGAUGACAAGCUUCAACAGAUCCCAGCAUGUGGACACACUUUUCACAUGGACUGUAUUGAUCUUUGGCUGACAUCACAUACCACUUGCCCUCUUUGCCGUCUCACUCUUCUCCCGAGCCAAUCCCAUCAAAGCCAAGAAGAAGAAGAUCCUGUUCCGAGUCUCUCAAGCACUGAUGGAGGAGUGUCGAGUCAACCGGAAUCUCAGCCAGAAAACCACGAAAAUGAUGGCCAAGAGCAACAAUGUGAUCCGAACGUAUGUGAUCGAGAUGCAGAGAGGUUUAAAGAAACGCAAGAGGAUGAAAGAAACAGCAUAGAGACAUCUAAUGGUUGUUGUAAUUGUAGACCUGCUUAAAAAUUACAGCUUUUUGUUCUGUUCUUCAUGUAACUGUAAAAGUUUGCCGCUUUUCUUGCGUUUGUGUAACUUGUAAGCUGUUAUAUUAGAGUAUUUUCUAGGAAUGAAAAUGAGAGCUUGAU